AGGACCGUUCACCUGUCUUAAAGAGUCCGAUGGUGUUACGCUGGGGACUCUGUUAAAAAAAAAAAAAAGGGUAAAAACAUCCAUUUCCAGUAGCUAACAUACAAAAUGGAGGUGAUAAUUCCAGUUAAACAGGAGCCUCUUAAGUUGGGAUAUGAAUGCAAAGAAGCAGACACAGAAGAGAAGAGCGAAGAGGAGGAAGGGAGGACUCACACACCAAACACUGGCCUCCAUCUCAUGAAUUUCAAGGAGAAAACAAGUGUGAACGUUAAGAAAGAGGACUGUGAAUGGGAUCCUGUGCACCUUCCUCAGGAUAAUCCUGACAUUAAGGAGGAGGAUUGUGAAUCUAAGGCAGCUGUCAUUAAAAACCUCUCUGAGCCAGCAUUUAACAGCAUUCAUCUGCAGAAAAAUGAAACUGUAAGUCUGAAAGAAGAAGACCUUAAACAGGAGUCUGAUUCCCAGUAUGUGUGCCCAGAGGUAACUGGAUCAGGCAUCACUGUGAGCAGUCAUCAGUCCAUCCUUGUGAAGUCUGAAUGUUUGGAGUCCGACAUGAAGAGGACUGAGAUAGAAUUGGGUUCAUGUACUUCAGGAGAAGAUGGAGAAGAGAGUAACAACAUUUCAUCGUCUUCAUUUCUUAAAACCCCUUGUCAGUGCAGACCUCAGCAGCCACAGCAAGAUCAGAAUAAGAAGAUAGUGACAUCUGGAUCAGAGAGUGUGAUGCCAGCCACUUUACAGAGUAGUUACUCUUCUGAAUGCUCUAACAGUAGCACUCUUGAGAAAUGCAAAAGAAUUCACACUGGAGCCAAGCUAUAUUGCUGUCCUGAAUGUGGCAAACAAUUGUCUACCCGACGCAAUCUUCACAUUCACAUGAGAGUUCACACUGGAGAGAAGCCAUAUAGCUGUUCUGAAUGUGGCAGAGAAUUCUCACGAACAAGUACUCUUCAGACACACAAAAGAAUUCAUACUGGUGAGAAGCCAUAUGGCUGUUCUGACUGUGGUAAACGCUUCUCACAAAAGGCCACACUUCACAAUCACUCAAGAAUUCACAUUCGAGAAAAGCCAUAUUGCUGUUCUGAUUGUGGCAAAAGAUUUGUCAGUACUGGUGAGUUAAAGAAACACACAGAUAGUACUGAAAAAAGGUCAUACUUCUGCUCUGACUGUGGAAAACAAUUCCCUAGCAGUUGCAGUCUCCAGAAGCAUGCAAAAAUUCACAGAAGAGAGAAGCCAUAUUGCUGUUAUGAAUGCGGCAAACAUUUCUUCUGCAGAGGCAAUCUUAAGUUGCAUGCAAGAAUUCACACCGUACAGAAGCCAUAUUGCCAUUCUGAUAGUGGACAACAAUUCUCCAAUAGUAGCACACUUAAGAAAUGCACAGGAAUUGACACUGGAGACCAGCCAUAUUCCUGUUUUGAAUGUGGCAAGCAGUUUUCCACUGGACGCAAUCUUCAUGCUCAUUCAAGAGUUCACACUGGAGAGAAGCCAUAUAGCUGUCCUGAAUGUGGCAAACAAUUCUCUCGAUUAAGCACUCUUCAGAGUCACACAAGAAUUCACACUGGAGAGAAGCCAUAUUCCUGUUCUGAAUGUGGCAAACAAUUUUCACAAAUAAGCAAUCUUCGCAACCAUAAAAGAGUUCACACUGGAGAAAAGCCAUAUUGCUGUUCAGAAUGUGGAAAAACAUUCACUAGGAGUGGCAAUUUUAAAAGACACACAAGAACAUUUGAAAAGGGGUUGUAUUGCUGUUCUGACUGUGGAAAGCAAUUCUCUGCCAGUUGCAGUCUCCAAAAGCAUACAAAAGUUCACACCGGAGACAAGCCAUAUUGCUGUUCUGAAUGUGGUAAACGAUUCUCCUGCAGUGACAAUCUUCAGAAGCACACAAGUAUUCAUGCUGUGGAGAAGCAAUGUAGCAAUUCUGAUAGUGAAAAUCAAUUGCCUAACGGCACUCUUCAGAAAUGCAAAAGUGUUGAUACUGGGGACAAGACAUAUUCCUGUUCUGAUUGUGGCAAACAAUUGUCUACCAGACGCAAUCUUCGCAUUCACAUGAGAGUUCACACCGGAGAGAAGCCAUAUAGCUGUUCUGAUUGUGGCAAAGGCUUUUCACAAACAAGCAGUCUUCAGGCCCACAGACGAAUUCACACCGGAGAGAAGCCAUACAGCUGUCUUGAAUGUGGGAAAGGAUUUUCACAGAAGAGCACUCUUCAGAGUCACACAAGAAUUCACACUGGAGAGAAGCCAUAUUUCUGUUCAGAAUGUGGCCAAGGAUUCUCACAGGCAAGCCACCUUCGCAACCACAGAAGAGUACAUAAUGGAGAAAAGCCAUAUUUCUGUUCUGACUGUGGCAAAAGGUUCACCAGGAAGGACCAUCUGCAGAUCCACAAAAGAACUCACACUGGAGAAAAGCCAUACUGCUGUUCUGAAUGUGGAAAAGGAUUUGUUUCCAGUGGAGACCUUCACAAACAUUCAAGAGUUCACACUGGAGAGAAGCCAUUUUGGUGUUCUGAAUGUGGCAAAGGAUUUGCACAAAAAAACACUUUUCAGAUACACAAAAGAAUUCACACUGGAGAGAAGCCAUAUUUCUGUCCUGACUGUGGCAAACAAUUCUCGCACAAUAGCAGUCUUCAUAUGCACAGAAGAACUCACACUGGAGAGAAGCCAUAUUUCUGUUCUGAAUGUGACAAACAAUUUUCCAGGAGUAGCCAUCUUCAGGUCCACAAAAGAAUUCACACUGGAGAGAAACCAUAUUCCUGUUUUGAAUGUGGUAAACUAUUCAACUCCAGUAGCAAACUUCAGAUCCACAAAAGAAUUCACACUGGAGAAAAGCCAUAUUGCUGUUCUGACUGUGGCAAAAAAUUCUCACAAAUUGGCCAUCUUCAUUCCCACACACUAAUUCACACUGGACAGAAACCAUACUCCUGUUCUGACUGUGGAAAACAAUUCUACAAGACCGGUGAUCUUCGAAUGCACAGAAAAAUUCACACUGGAGAAAAACCACAUUGCUGUACUGAAUGUAAUAAACGGUUCAUCACCAGAGUCAAGCUUCAGAUCCACACAAGAGUCCACACUGGAGAGAAGCCAUAUUGCUGUUCCUCUUGUGGCAAACAAUUCUCACGAAUAAGCUAUCUUCAAAUCCACAAGAGAAUUCACACUGGUGAAAAGCCAUAUAGUUGUUCUGACUGUGGUAAACAAUUUGCUCAGUUAGGUAAUCUUCAGAUCCAUACAAGAAUUCACACAGGAGAGAAGCCAUAUUGCUGUUCUGACUGUAACAAACGAUUCACCACCAGUAGCAGUCUUCAGAUCCACACAAGAAUUCACACUGGGAUCAAUAGGACUCAUCAAAAAAAACUUCCAUUGCCAUCUUGAUGCCCUUACAGUUACCUUCGUCCUGUAUGACUGUCAAAAGAGUACUUCCUGCCAAUUUUAGGGAAUAAAUGUAACAGAAAUGUUAAGACUAGUGAGUGAGGUUCACUUCUGUUUUGACAGUGAGUACACUAAACCCAUUUGGAGAAAUUACCCCUGAUAGAAACCAAAUUGCUAUUCUCAGUGGAAUGAUUAACCACAAAUGGCCAUCUUCACACCCAUAUAGGAUCUUGGACUGAAGAGGAGCCACGUUACUCUUCUGAAUAUGACAAUUUCCUGAUAAGCCACACAAAUAAGCCAUUACUUAGCUCUAGCAAUAACUUGCAUUUGGGAGAUCAUGACAUGCAGUUCUCCUAGUACAAGUCUUCAAAAAUAAAUCACAAUUCCCAAUGGAGCGAAGAGUUUUGCCACCACACAUAAAAGCAGCUAUAUAUUUUGGAGAAACAUCUAUGAAGAUGGCCAAAAACAGACUAAAGACACAACAUGGAUAACAAUCUGCAGACAGAUAUAGAAAACACAUAAAUGAAAGAAAUGAACUGGCCUGAGGUAGCAGCCAAAGGAAUAGACAAUAAGCUCAGAACUGCUGCUAUGUGGGAGAUCCAGGUUCCUUUCUCUGUGCCCAUCUUCUGGUUUAAGCAACUCACACCAGUGCAACCAGAUACAGUGCCCUCCAUAACGUCUGGGGCAACGGCACAUUUUCCCUGAUUUAUCCCUCUGCUGUACAGUUUAAAAUUACAAAUCAAACAAUUCCGACAUGAUUAAAGUGCACAUUGCAGACUUUCAGUUAAGGGGAUUUGCAUACAUCUCAGUCACACCAUGUGGAAAGGACAAUGGUUUUUCUACAUGGUCCAAGCAUUUCAGGGCACCAUAAUGUUUGGGACAGUUGGCUUCACCAGUGUUUCUGAUUCCUCAGGUGUGUUCCAUUG